AUGCGAUUAGCGAUUAUAGAAUUUAACCUAACUCUUUGUACUUUCUGUUAUGGAGGGUUAUCUUAUUUAAAUGGAACUGAAACUCCCAUUUUCUUGCAAAUAUUAUAUAUAAUCUUUGUUUUCUUGUAUCCUUCUUUAGCCAAACUUGAAAACAUCCAAAAGUUUCGAAAGUGGUUGUAUAAGGGACUCUCUGGUACUAUAUUUAUAUCCUUUUUAUUAGGCGAGUGAAAUUCGUCCAAGAUGGGAAGAAAAGUAACUAUUGCUUCUGCUACGCUGAAUCAAUGGGCAUUAGAUUUCGAAGGCAAUCGAGAUAGAAUAUUACAGUCUAUUUUAGAGGCCAAAGAAAUGGGAGCUACUUUCCGUACUGGCCCAGAACUGGAAAUAACGGGUUAUAGUUGUGAAGAUCAUUUUUAUGAGUGUGAUACCUUCUUACAUAGCUGGGAAGUCUUAUUAGACCUCAUGACUUCUCCCCUAUGCAAAGACAUCAUGGUGGAUGUAGGUAUGCCUGUGAUGCAUAAAAACGUGAGCUAUAAUUGUAGAGUUAUUUUCCUUAAUCAGAGGAUUUUAUUGAUAAGACCAAAACUAAUGACAUGUGAUGAGGGAAAUUAUAGGGAAUCUCGAUGGUUUUCUUGGUGGAGAAAGAUUCGUCAAGUAGAGGAUUACUAUUUACCAAGAAUGAUUAGCAAAGUAACAAAUCAAGAAGUAGUACCUUUUGGUGAUGCUGUCAUAGCAACAAGAGACACAUGCAUAGGAUUUGAAAUUUGUGAAGAACUCUGGAAUCCAAUGAGUUCUCAUAUUGGAAUGGCUCUAGAUGGAGUGGAGAUUAUAUGUAACAGUUCUGGUAGCUAUACAGAAUUACGUAAGGCUUAUAUUACAGUUGACCUGGUUAAAAGUGCCACCCUUAAAGCUAAGGGCUGCUAUGUAUUCAGCAAUUUGAGGGGAUGUGAUGGACAAAGAGUUUAUUUCAAUGGUUGUUCAUGCAUUGCUCUGAAUGGUGAAAUAGUGAGCAGGUCAAAGCAGUUUUCAUUAGAAGAUGUUGAGGUUAUAGUCGCUACAAUUGACUUGGAAGACAUCAGGACUCAAAGAAACCAUGUUAGAUCAAUGGCACAUAUGGCCUCAGGUUGUCCGAGUUAUGUAAGAAUUCAGGCUGACUUCGCACUGUGUCCUCCAAAUGAUACAACCCUAAGUUGUUCUCUACCUUUGGAAUGGCAUUACUUGAAGCCUGAAGAGGAAAUCGCACAGGGUCCAGCUUGUUGGUUGUGGGAUUAUCUAAGAAGAUCGGGCCAGGGAGGUUUCUUCUUACCCCUUAGUGGAGGAGUGGAUUCUAGUAGUACAGCCUUAAUCGUUUAUUCAAUGUGUAAAAUUGUUACCAAAUAUGUUCAAGUGGGCGAUAGCAAAGUUCUAAGUGAUGUUAGGAGAAUAUGUGGAAGUACUGAUUAUGUUCCCAAAUCAGCAAAUGAUUUAUGUAACCGAAUAUUAGUUACAUGUUACAUGGGGACUGAAAAUUCUUCAAAAGAGACCAAAGAAAGAGCCUCACUGUUAGCUGCUGCAAUAGGGAGCUACCACAUGCACAUAACUAUAGAUAAAGCUGUCACAGCUUGCCUAGAGAUAUUCAGCUCAGUCACAGGGUUUUUUCCAAAAUACGAGUCUAAAGGUGGAUGUGCUCGACAAAAUCUUGCCCUGCAAAAUAUACAGGCACGCUUACGAAUGGUGUUCUCCUAUCUCUUUGCCCAGUUGAUCCUUUGGACUAGAAAUCGUCCAGGCGGUCUUCUCGUGCUAGGUUCAGCAAAUGUGGAUGAAUCUCUUAGGGGAUAUAUGACCAAAUAUGAUUGUUCAAGCGCAGAUGUCAAUCCCAUUGGUGGAAUUUCUAAAACGGACCUUCGCAGAUUUCUCUAUUUUUGCAGGGAGAAGUUUGCAAUACCUAUUAUUGAUGACAUUAUCAAAGCCCCUCCGACUGCUGAAUUGGAACCUCUUAAUCAAGGGCAAGUAGCUCAAACAGAUGAAGAAGAUAUGGGUAUGACUUAUGCUGAGCUCAGCGAAUAUGGUAAACUGAGAAAGAUGCACAAUUGCGGACCAUACUCUAUGUUUUGUAAAUUGGUGCAAACCUGGUCAUCUGAUUUCACUCCGGCAGAAGUUGCUGAGAAAGUUAAACAUUUCUUCAGAUGCUACGCCAUCAAUCGACAUAAAAUGACUGUGAUAACUCCAGCAUAUCAUACCGAAAGCUAUAGUCCUGAUGAUAACAGAUUCGACCUGAGGCCUUUCCUUUAUAGGGCCAAUUGGUCUUGGCAAUUCAGAGCAAUAGACAAGCAGAGAGAAACCCUUGACAGUUUGAGGAAAAAAGAUAUCAAUUCUACUCCUUUCAAAAAGAAUAUUAAAUGCAGAGCUGCUGUACCAGUGUAAUAUCCGUGGAGUUUAUUGCAAUCCAGUGAAGGGAUCGUUAGUUUUUCUUCAUCUUGAAGUAGUUAUAUCGUCAGUUUGAUCGGGGAGGACCCCAACUGUGAUCGUUCCUCUUUUUUAUCAAUUUAUUUUAUUACAGAGUAAUAAAUUAUUCAUUUUAUUUUUA